UAUCGGAAAUAUAGACAAUUCCUCCUCCAUGUCUAUAUACUCAAAGGAUGGCAUCUAUUCCUAACUACACCAAAAAAAGGACCUCAUUUUGCUUAUUAUUGAAUAUUUGAGAUAAUGUCUUGCAGCAUACGGUCAAAAUAAUCACUGGGAUUGACAUAAUCCGCGUACAUGCGCGUCCUCGUAAUUCGGAUUGCGCGUCGACAUUUCGCACGUGAAACUUCCAAAUAUGUACAUCGUCGCAUUGUGAAGUGAUUUGUUCUCAUGGUUCUUUGACGUUGGAAGCAAGAUGCCAGAACGAAUAGAGAUUAGUAUUAUUCCAAACAAUUUGAGACAUGAGGAAACUAUAGUUCGAAUAACGGAAGCUUUGGAUAAUCUGAAUGAUGCUGUUUCUUAUAUAUUUGAUUGUGUCGACAAGAGACUUUUAGAGAAUACACAAAGAUUAACCAACAUUAAAGAAAGAGCUAAAAAACUAGAGGGUAGAUUACAUUAUUUGCAGACUAAUUUAAAUUUGAAAGCUGUAAAAAUAUAUUCUGCUGCUAAAUAUCCAGCUAAUCAUAUUUAUAAGGAGUACAAAAUGACCAUACCAUUACAGCACAAGCAUAGUGCUGCUAUACCAAGUGUUUACAAAUGUUCAGUGCCUAUAAAGAAUAUCCCUGAAGCUUAUUCAUCUUCUAAUUGCAAGACCGAGAAUGGCCAAUAUGCUGCAAAUAUCAAUCUUCAAGAGAAGCUCCAAUUUUAUCACGUACGAUCGAAAGCUAGCAAAAAAAAUGAUCUUGAGGAUGACGCAGAACCAUUCCCACCGCAAUUAUCCUCAGUUAGUGCCCUCCUAUUAUUCGAUAGUAUGGAUAGCCCAUAUGAAAAAACAUCUAUGCGAUCGUCGCGUCAAUCCACCGACAAGCAACAAAUUGAGGACGCUCCAGAUUCGAUUGUGCAGCCAUGGCUUUCAUCAGAAAUGGACGCAUCUUCCAGCUAUUUGUAUACUCCAACUCUCGGAGAGGUUCCUCAAAUAAAUGUGCCGCUAACACUCCCAGAUCUACCAGGCAUUGUCGAUGAUGAGAAAUUUGUACUCGAUCUUAAUUCCCAAAGUCCCAUCGCACCAUCAUCAGCAGUCACGACGCCUACAGUUCGUUUAGAUCUACCAACACCAAUUAGUGAUAAUAAAGAAUCUCAGUCAAAGAUCGAGGAUAACGUUCUACACCUGCCCGUUCCGAAUAGAAUCACAUCUACCACAACUGCAUCGCAAGAGGCUGCGCCACCACUUCCUCCACCUCCUACGUUCACCGUAAAUAACAUUGCAAACAAUGAAAAAAUUGGUUUUCAACAAGUACCUCCUCCACCGCCACCACUGCCGCCACCGCCUCCACCACCGCCUCCACCACCAAUCGUAGAACCGACUGUGUCCAAUGAUGAUUCGGAAAAAAAGGAUAAGACAGCAAAUCUCCCGUCUGCAACAACAGAUGAUCGUUCCAAUUUGAUGGCAGCGAUCCGGGACGCUGGCGGAAUAGGCAGGGCAAAAUUGAGGCCUACCGUACCGGACGAGAAGAAGCGCGAUCGAUGGUCUUCGGCUUCAGUUGGAGGAGAUCUUAUGGCAGACCUACACGCAAAAUUAGCGUUAAGACGCAAAGGUAUCGCCGGUUCCACAGUGGGUGCUUUGGAAAGAAUGUCGAGUUUGAUACCACCACCUCCGAAACCGAAUGAAGCGGCCACGUCAGACAGAAAUUCUGCCACCAGCGAAUACGAUUCUCAACCCGAUACGGAUGAUUGGGAAGAGUGAUUAUUGUUGUUGCGCUAAUCGCUCAUGAAAAUUGAAGAAUUUAUAACAAAAUAUAAUAAACAAAAAUUUAUGACAAAUGACUUAAAUUAAUUAGCAUUUGCGUAUGAAAACUCAGGGGAAUUAGAUAAAUCCAAUAAAGGGAUAAGAGAAUAAAAUCAUAACAAGCAGA